AUGGGGUGCGGAGCACGCAAAUGCAUGACCCCGGGGAAGGACCACCCCCAGUUGCCCCACGCCAAGCGGCGUGACGGUGCAGGUCCAGGCCCUGGCGCAUAUGCUACUGGCGACUCAGCAGUGAUGGGACAUCACGGAGGAACAUUCGCCGCAGCGGAUAACAGGAGGGCGGCCACCGCGGCGCUGGAGAUGGUGGUCGGGCGACUUAAGACGCUGGAAUGGAGGAUUGAGUUCAUUCGGCGGGGGGAGAGAGAACCCGAGAAACUGCGACCAGGUCAAUCCCUCGUCGUAAGGACCCAAUCCGGGCAGGAGCUAAUGCGCAUGGAAGAGAAAGCGUCCCGGUUGAGAUCAGAAAUAAAACGCCUCGGGAAGCUCGCCGCUUCAGAAGCUUCCACGCGAGACCCACUCCCCGGAGCGUCGAUCGGUCGGGGGGGUAGAGCAGGGGGCAAUGAGCGGCGGCCAGCCACGACGGCAGCGGAUUGCAGUACCGGAAGGGACAAGCGUGGACCUGCGGGUCAGGGGAAAGACCGAUUCUACGACCCCAUAUCAAGUACGGCAACAUUCUUGGAAUCCCCGGGGCCGGGGGCGUACAGUCUGACAAGCGGCGAGGGGGCCUUCGGGAGAGCUUCGAUCAGCAGAUCCCCGGCGUUUGACCUCAUGCAACGGAGGGUCAUCGGAGAUCAGGCCGCCGCGGGCCGUAGCCUCGCAUCUCUUCACCUGCACUCUGCGGAGAACGGUGGCGGGAGCGGCAGUGGCAAUAGUCGUGGUGGUCGCGACGGGCUAGGUGCACCGUUCCACGCCUACCUGUCGGAAACUGGGACCGGUCACUACACCCCGGACAUGUCCGCGCCCCCGCUGCCCAACGAAGCUAGGCGAUGGCGGCGAGGUGGUGGCGUAAGGGAUACAACAUGA